UAGCCGUGACGUUUACACGCUCGGGCUGAUUUUUCCGUCUGCGGGCGGGAAGCUCCGUUGCUUAAUCGCGCUUUCUUGCCUCCAGAUCAUGUCGAUCUGCUCUUUUCGUAGAAUCUAAGCCGAGGAAAGAAGGAGAGUGACCCGUCCUGUCCACAGAGCACUGUGGUUUUACGUCUGGGAAUCGGGAGCGCCCGUGAUCGGCGCCCAAGUUGGGGAGUUGUUCGCCAUGGGGGAUGCCGAGCGGAACAUGGGGCCUGGGAUGUUACUCGUGUCUGCUAAUGUGGGCUCCAUAUUUGAAGAUCCGGAUAACAUGCUACCGGUGUGGUUGACGGAAUUCCUUUCGACAAUCAACAGAGUUCGCCCGCAAUUCAUAGCCAUGCACUGUCAGGAAAUAGGCGGCAAGAACUACGAAACGUCCAUGCAGCAUGUAGAUGUUUUUCUAGAACGACUGUUGAGCAGUGAAGAGAUGCACGGCUACGAUAGAGCCAGGAUUUUCUUGGAUGAAGAUUUCAAGACGGUGGAGUCAUUCACGGCACUGGGCAGCUUUUACUUUGUACAUGAGUCUAUACGAAAUGCAUCUAUAUACGAUUGGCAAGCACGGAAGUUCCGAUCUCUCUCAGGACGCGAGGUUUACAAGGGGAACAUCAACUCAAUUCCCUUCAAGCACAAAGAAAAGUUCCCGCAGGAUUUUUUUCCUAACUUUAGAUGGUCUAGAAAGGGCUUCCUUCGGACACGUUGGAGCAUAUGUGAUAGCAUAUUUGACUUAGUGAACAUCCACCUAUUCCACGACGCUUCCAACCUCAUUGCAGUAGAGACCUGGCCAUCAGCCUACAGUAAUUACAGACAUCGAGCACUGGAGCACACUCUCAAAAGAAUUAGUGAAGACAAGCAUGAGAAGGUUCCCCAUUUCAUCUUUGGUGAUUUCAACUUCAGAUUGGACACACAAAGUGUGGUAAAGUCUCUGUGUGCAACGGCAAAGGAAGAGAGGAUCGGAAAUGAUGGCCAAAUCAAGAGACUGGUGUACAAGGAAGAAGGCAGUGAGAAUGGAAAGGUGGUGCUGACCCUGGAGAAGAAGGUGUUUGACCACUUCAACCAGGAGGUCUUUAUCAACGACUUUAAAUGGCUCCAUCAGUUUGACAAGGAGCCCAAGCGGUUUGCAGACAGGCUACAGGAGCUGGACAUAACUUUCCCACCUAGCUAUCCCUUCAGUGAGGAUGUGAGAGAAGGUAGACAGUACAUGAAGACUCGCUGCCCUGCCUGGUGUGACAGAAUACUGCUGUCUCAGUCUGCAAGGGACCUCAUUCAGCGUGGAGAUGAAUAUACUCCUGUGUACCACGUCAUGGGCUCCAACGUGUGUAUGGGUGAUCACAAGCCCAUAUACCUGUACUUCCGGCUGGUUCCUGACACAGGUAAAGGUCGUCAUAGGCAGAGGCGAAAGGCCACUUGUGUUGUGUUGUGAUCGUGACAGCACAUGGGCUUGACAUAUUCAGCGCUCUCGUACCCACCCUAACGGUUUCUCCACUGCGCCCCUGAUCAUCCGAGAAACUUCAGUGUAACCUGUCCUCGUGGAAACGCUUACAAGGAUACGAUAUAUCAGUGUAUUUGUUGUCAUUGUGGCCAAAGUAAUGGGUGUAUCAGGUUUAGUGAUAGAGUGGAUAAAGAUCAUUUGGUGUGUAUAUAUACUUAAUAUAUGAAUAUAUCUAUAUAAACGAUCAGAAAGUAAACUUUUAGAUACAUUCUGUGUCUAGGUGUAAGCUGUGAAAAUGUGAUUGUUUUGCCAUUUUGAGAAGAUAAAGGGAUGAUGAGAAGGUCAAUACUAAUGGUUGAAAGAAAUGCCCUACUGGUAUAUCUUAGAAAUUCCUUCAUACCCCCACAACAAACAACAGCCAUGUUUCAAACUAUUUCUGCUGCACAUAUUUGUCAUUCUAAUCUGAUAGGUACAGCCACUCACUUGAAAAAAAUUUAGUUCAGCUACGGUCCAUGUCUGUGGUUCCAUCCAACUGUCACAAACAAAGUUUGGAGUUUCCAAACAUUCUGCACUACCUGAUUGGGUGGCAAAGUACUGUUACCAAAUGAAGGGUGUGCUUGCAUGCAGGUGAAGGCAAGAUAUGAAACAGUCCAUUUUGGUCAGUCUCGCUGCAGAGUCUUGCUGACUGGGAAUUUCCACAAUGCUUCAACUACAUUCAGACCUUUUAGAAAAAAUACAAACAUUUGUGGGCAUGUCGUUAAAAAUUGUGCAAUGCAUUAGAUAAUUUGUCGAUCAUCAUGUAUGUUUUGUUACUGAAUUGCUACUUAUAUGUGAUGAGGCCCUUAACAACUGCAACUGCAGCUGGCACUCUGUUAAGUCCCAAAAAGCACCUGUCAUCUUAUACCUGCAUUAAUUUGCACCUAUGUGUGAAAAACUUUCACUGGUGAAUAUGGAAUUUUCAGUUUUGUUAUUUCAAUUAACUGCAGUAACUGAUAACAAUGCAAGUUACAAAAACUUUCACUUGAUAGGGAAUAAGUUUAUGGUUUAAGAUUUGUAUUACAAAAUGUAAUAUGUAAAUAUGACAACAAACCCUUAUCGUAGUACUCCUAAAUGCUGAAGAUUUUUAACAAUCAGUUUAAAGAAAUAUGAUAAAACUAUCAAUGUAUAUUUUCUAGUUAUGCCUAUAGUUCAGCAGCAGUUUUAAUUUUUUUAGUUAUCUCUUUACCUGAACCAGAAAUUCAAGAUCUUCAUAACCUGCUUAGAAGCAAUUUAAGAUCUAAGAACCUAGUCUACUUCAUUUUGCUACACAACAGCAUCAUCAGUAUUCCUCUAAUGUGUCCCUCCCUCUUUUCUCACAUCGUAAAUCACACCUACAUGUAUGAGGUUAUGUAGUUGACAGGGGUCUGGUCUCCCCUUUGUUCUAGAAUGGAAGGUUCCUUGCAACAGAUGUGUGUUAAAAAGGAUGGCCACACCCCUUCACACUUCAGACAAUGCCUCACAUAUGGCACUGUAACCCAUGUCGAAUCUGUGCGAGUGGUAACUGCCCACUAUGACAGAUCUUUCCCAACAGCACACUGGAAAAAGACAAAACAUUUUUCUGUGGUCAAGCUAUUCUGUCUUCAUGUCAGGCAGAGAAUUUGAUGGGUAUUUUUGUUGAAGAAAGGUGAAGGGGGUCAGUGUGUACUAGACCAGCUAACGUUGGCAUUUUCAGGGAGUUUUCAGACCAUAUUGCUUCUUUUGGAUACUUAAACAAAGUAAUAAAGCAUAAUCUAUUUUAUGAGGAAGUUGAAAUGACAAAAAAAUCAAGUGAAAAGUUGAGCAGGGUUUAGAAUUCAUGAGGUGGCUGCAGUUAUGCUUAAUAAUGGUUUUAACUGAUUCAAUAUUUGGACUGCUUUUAGUCAUCUUUAAUUGAAUGCUCACCAUUUUACCCACCCUUAUCAUGGUCAACUUUCUAUCCCACCUAUGUACAGGAACAUGUAUGCUUUCAAAAAUUAUAAAGGGAAGGGAUUGAUUGUAUAUGGAAAUUUGUGCAGACAUCGCCAUAUAUAGCCAAGGAUACUACUGUACAUAUUUUCACACAAAAAGAAGGCCAUCUUUUAAUAACCCUUACUAUCAGCAUGUCAUUUGAACACUUAAACGAUUGAAGGGGGACAAUGUGACUUCUCAUGUUGAAAAUAAGAGUCAAGUGCAAGAAAUGCUGGGAUAUUGUGGUGUUUUGUGUUAGCUAUACAAAUGUGGUCCUUUAGCCUGUAUGAUAAUCUAUGCAUAAUGUUCAUGUUUCUGCUGUCAUUCUUGUAAUUGUUGUGUUCAUUGUAGGAGAUGUAAUGUAAGCCUCUGUAUGUCACAACUUUUCAGCAGAAGUCACAAGGUCAUUUGCAAGGUCAUUUUGUGUCAUGUAUGUUUAUACCAGGACGCUUUCAUAUUGUUAGAUUUUACACGCAUAAAUGGUCUUUGAACCUCAUUUUAUUUGCCUGCAGACCUUUAGAAUUAUCCCCGCAGUACACUUAAGUGUAGACAUGUUAAUCAGAUGUGAAUGUGAAUAAUGUUUGUGGUAUACUGUAAUCAAGACAGCAUUUGUUGUUGUGUGUAUGAUAUGUAAGCUUUGUUGUAUCUAAUUGAGCAUCAUCAUCAUAAGUACACACUAAGGGAUAAUGUAAUAUAACAGGAUGUCGCUGUGUAGCUAUGCUUUAAUCCUGGUAGAUGAAUGCUCUGCCUAAUCAUAGACAUUACAUCACAAAGGCCAAAUAGAGCUAGACGCUAGUCGGUUAGCCAAAUCUCGCUUUCAUGGGUGUUCUGUGUUAGCUCAGAAAAUUUGACAAUUGCAUAAGACUUAAUUCAAAUGUAACACACAUGUAACGACAAGUUUCUCUAUUUAUGCUUAUGUAAUUAAAGAAACCAAAACCAGUACUAUCAAAUGUGCAAGAAAUCAUACAUGACAGUGUUAAUGUCACAUCUAUUGUCACCGCCCCCAUCCCCAACAAGCUUUUAUAGCAUUUAGUCUGUCUGUAAAAUCAGACAAUUAAAAGAAACGAUGUUAGAAAAGACUAGAAGAAUUAAUGUCCAUACACCUUUGCCUAACCAAAAUAUUCAUGAAGGUAAAGUCAUGUUUCACUCUUGUGGCUCAGGUCCAUUGUCAUUUAAGGUGAUGUACCAAAGUUUCAGCAAAUCCCUAAUUUUAAUAAUGUAGUUUCCUUUAUACUACGCCAAAUCACUCUCAUGUCUUUGUAUCUUGAAUACUUGUUUCUACACGAUUAUGUCUGUUUCUUGUAUCUUCACCCAAAUAUCAUUUUAAUCAAAUGUAUGUAUUUUAUGAUACUCUGUUUUAUGUAAGUAUUUUACAGGACGUUGUAUUUGUGCAGUUUUUCAUACAAUCGUUUUUGUUUUCAUUAGUUACAUGUGUAUGUCACUAACUUGGUUGUUAAGUUUGGCCUGCUGUCAACAAUGUAAUUGACUGAUGCACUAUGAACGUUUCGUUUAAAUUCCGGGUUCCCUGCUCCGCCAAUGAAGAUAGUUAUGACUCAUGUAACACGACAAAAUGCAUGCUCGUAGGACAAUAGUGACCGACUUUCGCAAGCCUUGAUUUCACAAUUCAGAACUCACUACCAUUACGUUUCAGUGUAUACCUGUUCUUCUCAUACGCUGUAUGUAUAUGUGCCAUACCAUUAUUUUUCAUUCAGUAAGGAAGUUUCUGGUUGUAAAUAUUAUUUUACUUCAUAUUGUAAGCAAGAAAGCGACGUCAUAUAUAAACAGCCUGUUAUUUUUCUAGGCCGCAAGAUUUGUCUGUUUGUCCUACCUCAGCGUACAGCGCUCGUCGUUUCAUUUUUUGAUGUACAGUUUGUGUUUUCUCUUUUUUUAUUUCUACACUUAUAUUUAAACACGAAUCCUUUGUUCCACUGGAAGUUUGAGUAAAACCAGUUUAUUCUGUUCAA